AUGCCAAUCAUUUUUUUUACUAUUUUAGAAAAAAAAGAAAGCAAAAUAUUAAUUAACGAUGAUGAAUCAGUUGAAAUGUUAUAUUCAAAAUUAUGUCUUGAUUUAAAUAUGGAUAUGGAACUAAACUUAGAUGCAUGGCGUUCAUAUGAACAUAUUCGUAAUUAUUAUGUGUUAGAAGGCGAUCAAUUACAUUGGUUAGCUGCAUCAUUAUAUGUAUCAUGUAGACGAUAUCCUCAUAUAACAACAUAUGAUAAUAAUCCAAUAUAA